CGGACAUGACACACCAAACAAACGUAUUCAUCACAACUGUCUACUUUCCCAAAUCGUACCAAACCAAGGCCUCAAAUCUGUCGUUAUUUUUAUUUUUCUUAUUCUGAUUUUUUCCGGAAUCGGAAGAGAGAGAUUUCGUUGAUUCAUUCAAUGCAAGGCGGUUUUGGUGGUGAUCGUGGUGGGAGUGGGUCGAUGUCGACGGUGUCGAGGGAGGAGGACGUGUUGUUGUCUUCGGAGGAUUCUUCGAGCCCAGAUGAUGGUGAGCUCGAGUUGGGAUUGAGCCUUGGUGGUGGUGGUGGUGGCGGCGGUGGUUUCAAAUUGCUUCCCUUUAGGGGUCAAUAUGCUAGGAUUCUGACUGCCAAGGAUUUGCCUUCUGGGGUUUCGGGCUCUUCUUCAUCUUCUUCGACUUCUUCGUCGUCAUCUUUGUCGUCUUCCUCUUCUACUUUGAGCAGGGCUAGUGGCACCGUUGGGACCAAGAGGAGUGCCGAUUCCGUGACUUCUCCUAAUGGUUCUAGCAGUCAAGUUGUUGGGUGGCCUCCUAUUAGAGCUUAUAGAAUGAACUGCAUGGCUAAUCAAGCAAAGUCUGUAGCCACUGAAGAAUUGAACUCUAUGAUUGAGAAAAGUAAAAGCAAGAACAGCGUGAUGGAGAAGACUAACAAUUGCGGCAACAAAAACAAUAAUAGCGCCUAUGGCUGGACUUCUCGGUUUGUGAAGGUGAAUAUGGAUGGAUUUCCAAUUGGAAGGAAGGUUGAUUUGAGUGCUCAUACUGGCUACGAAACCUUGGCACAAACUCUGGAAGAGAUGUUCCUCAAAACUAACAGUGCAGCUCUGAUGGUCGUUAUUUGUUUUUUAGGACCAAGCAUACGGGAGUGUGGCACAAAGGAGGCAGAAGCAACAAGAUCCUUAAAACUGCUAGAUGGAUCGUCGGAAUUUGUCCUCACAUAUGAGGACAGGGAGGGUGAUUGGAUGCUUGUUGGAGAUGUUCCUUGGGGGAUGUUCGUUUGCUCCGUGAGGAGGCUUAGAAUCAUGAGGACAUCUGAGGCUACUGGACUAGCUCCACGGUCACAAGAAAGUAAUGGUAUACAAGGAAAGAAAUCUGUCUAAACCCACUUUUUUUUUUUUUUGAAUUUCAUCAUGGUGAAGACAAGCCAUGGUUCACACAGAGAAGAAAAGUGAUAGUAAAUACUUGGAAGUGUUUGAUUUGUAACGAAUGAUCGUCUGCGGCUUGUCUGUGUUUUUGGUUGCUCUUGUUCCUCUUUUUUCCUUUCUUACUACACUUGUUUAUUCUUGUCACUCAAACAAUGGUAUACUCCCCAUACCUAAAUGUCUCAGGCAUCUGAGUUUUCCAUAUGAUAUGGUGCUGUUUUUGAUCUAUAAAUACCCACACAUCUUAUAUUGCAGAA